AUGAACGACGUCAAGAGGUCCUUUGCCUUCAUUGAUGUCAACUGGGGUAAUGUUUCGCUGGUAGCUUUCAUUCAUGUUGUGGUUCAGUUUGCUCCGUAUGUGGUAUUGAUUCCAUUACUCACGUCCUUGGCUGGCUACAAGUUCUUGGCUUAUGGUAGCAAGAGGGCUAGUGAUGAUGAUGGGAUCAUGGGAUGGAAGAAGAUACUGGAGGUGCUCUUCUAG